AUGAGUAAUUAAAUUAGAAGUCAUAAUAUAAAUGACUAUUACCAUAAUCGAUUGGAUUCCUCCUUCAAUAAUGUGAACAUCACAUUCAUAAGUACACUUCGAGAACCAAUUUAGAACACUGAUCUAAAUAAAACUGUUCAUGACAUCCCAAGUUGCUUUGGUCGCAAAACUCUUUCGAUGGAGAAAAGACAUACUACUAAAGAUAUAGAAAAGUUAGGAAACAUGUCAAUGUAUGAACACUUGAUACGCAAUAGGAUAGGAAUUAAACCACAUUUAGGAUCUGUAAUUUUUGAAACCUCCCUAAGGUAUAGUAAAAAGCGUUCAUUCUCUUAAAAUUAAGAUCAGAAACCUUAAAAGGGCGUUAAAAAAGAAAGAACCAUACUACCUAAAGUACUUAAGGAUGGCUAUCUUGAAAUUUAAGAAAAGAACAUCAAUUAAUUUUUACAUUGUCUUAAAGAGGAAGGACAAGGAACAAUUAGACCAUCAUAAGUUCAUUGGAUAACUUCAUUAAAAUCAGAAAGAAAAAAGAAAAAAAAAAGAUGA